AUGGCGGCUGCCAACUCAUCAUCGUUUCUCAAUGCCUUCCAAGGGCUGAGAAUUUGCGCCUCGGCGCCCCUGCGGCAGAUUCGAGCCCCUAUUGCACGGCAAUCAUGGACCCUCGAAGCUGCCAAACGACUCCAAAACGUUCGACCCUUUUCCACCACACCCGCCGUCUUUGGAACAUGGCUGGAACCAAGUUUAAACAGAAAGAAGAAGAUGGCCAAGGGCCGGCCGCGAGUGGCUACCGGAGGGUCGACAAAGGGCACCACUGUCAUUUGGGGGGAUUACGGCCUGCGAAUGAUUGACCAUCACCGAAGAAUCAGCGCAAAGCAAUUGAAGAUGGCAGAGGACACAAUCAAGGUUCGACUCCGUGGCGAAAAGUAUCGAUUAUACAAGAGGAAGUGCUGCAAUGUUGGUGUGUACGUCAGCGGUAACGAGAUGCGUAUGGGUAAGGGUAAAGGUUCCUUUGACCACUGGGCGACCAGAAUGGCCGUGAGCCAAGUUCUUUUCGAGAUCAAGGGGCGAAUUCACGAGCAAAUUGUGAGGGAUGCGUUCCGUCUGGCUGGAAACAAGCUGCCUGGCCAGUGGGAAUUUGUCAAGAAGGGCGAUGCACCGAUGGUUGGAAUAACAAAACUGGAUGGAGUCACUUUAGAGGAAUUGAAGCGGCCGAGGAGAGAAAUCGCGCCUGCAGAGCUUCUCCAGGCUUCGUCCCCUACACCCGUCACCGAAGCCGGCAGCACAUCUGAGGCUGCUCGUUCGCCAUGA